AUGAAGAGAAUCGCUGGUUACCUGUCUGUGGGUGUGGUCUCCUUCAGGGAAGGCAGUGUGAUUGUGGAUGCAUUAGUGACCCUGAACCAGUCUGGUAGCAUUGACAGUGUGUCAAAUAGCUUCAAGUCACAGAUGCAGACUGGCUGGGUCGGCAACAUGUCCGUGGACCCUCAGUAUUUUGUCGUAAGCUCAGGAGACGGUUACAUCAGGAUUACGGAGAUCUCUGUGAACACGACAGACAUCUAUAACAAUAUGGACGUGGCCUUCAUCUGCACAGCUGACAUUAUAGGGGCUGUGGGGACUGUCCAAAGUCGCUGGACAUUCAACGGAUCGGUCAUCAGGCCCAAUACUUCAACUCGAUGGCACAUCUCGGAAGAACCGGCUAAUCCAAAUAGACCGUCACAGAAGUCAUACAAAAUGGUCAUCAGUCCUAUUGUAGCACAUGACACAGGAAAAUAUGAGUGUCAAGUAUACGAUGACACUGGACUGUCCAGCCAGCGGUCACAGAUGGUAGAGGUCAUUCCCCAGCCAGUGCUGACCAUCUAUCCUCGGACUCAGACAGUGGUCAGUGGUCAGCCUAUGAAUGUCACCUGUCAGAUCCUCACUCCUCACAAUUAUCAUGCUUUCUUCACCUGGUAUAAAGAUGGAUCACGCAUCACCAGUUCUCCAGGUGUCCAGUUCCUGCUCCUAUCAUCCUACACGGAAAUGUUGGUGGUCAGGGAGGUCACAGCAGAUACCCAGUACUCGUGUGAGGCUACCAAUGUGGCUGGAACUGGACACAGGCUCUCCAUGAAGCUGACCAUCAGGCAACCUGGUGCUAUUGUUUGUCCCCCGGAGAUGGACCCCCAAGGAACGAUGUGGACAGAGACGAUUGCCGGAGGACAAGAAAUACAAGAAUGCCCAGCUGAACUGGAUGGUACAGUGGAACGUGACUGCUCAUCCAUAGGUGUGUGGGGGCCGCCCGACUACAGUGGGUGUGUCAGAGUGGAUCUCUCAGAACUGGAGGUUCAGACUGUCAAGAUGAAGGAGGGAGUGGAGGUUACCUCCCCUGAGAACUCUCUAGUGUUGCUCUCUGACAUCACAGGUCAAGGCCAUUCACUCAACAGUGGUGACAUGGAUGCUUGUGUAAACAUCCUGAGCAACGUCAUCACUGUUAGUGACCGUGAUAACAAUUUUGUCACUGUCAACGCUAUAGAGGCCUUUGCGAACUCGGCCAAUAAUCUACUGGAUGAUGUCAACAAGCCGGCCUGGGAGUUACAGAAGCGAAGAAGAGGGAAGGGCGUAUCAGGGCUAAUGCAGGUUGCUACAGAGUUUGGUAAAGUUGGUACCAAGAUGGGAGACAACACACAGAACUUCAACCAACAGGUGGAGCGACCUAACCUUGUGCCAAGUGCACCCCGACCACUACCAGACUGGGUGAAGACAUCGACUACCGGAGGGGUCAUUAAGAAGGAUAUGAUCACCAGUAGUCUGGGAGGUGGUACAGCCCAGAAGAUUGGUUUCAGUGGAAUCUUCUACCGGAACAUCUCUAAUCUAAUGCACACCUACCUUAUCACUGACAAUGACGUUGAGGAUGCAGAUGAUAGGUACGAUGUUAACUCUGAUGUCCUGGAAAUUGCUGUAGUACCUGCCAUAUCUGGAGUCAGUAAUUUAGUGGAACUCACAUUCCAGCACUCGUUGACAAACUAUUCCUCACCCUCCUGUGUGUUCUGGGACUUCACAGUACCGAAUACCCCCAAUGGAGCUUGGUCGACAAGAGGCUGUAGAUAUGUCAGUACAUCGGACACAAGUACUACAUGUACCUGUGAUCACACCACCAACUUUGCUCUGCUCAUGAGCCCAGGCAAAACGCCCGUCCAGCAUGUGUUGGCCCUCAGUAUCAUUUCUGCCGUAGGGUGUGCCAUCUCAAUGUUGUUCUUACUCAUCACCAUUGUAGUGUACCUGUGUUACUGGAGGUAUGUGCGGAGUGACCGAGCCACCAUCCUGAUGCACCUGUGUGUCGCCUUGUUUGCCGCUUACCUUCUAUUUCUGGUUGGUGUUAACAGGACAGAAAAUAAGGAUGUGUGUACAGGUUUUGCCGCAGUACUUCACUACAUUUUCCUGGUAGUAUUUUUCCUAAUGUUGGCGGAAGGCAUUGAAGUGGCAUUUACAGUACUAUACGUGUUUUCCACCCGUUCUCGUAUCCGCUGGCUCCUGCCUCUGUCCUGGUUAAUUCCUGCUGUUAUUGUUGCUGUGUCUAUGGGAGCGACCAGUCUGGAGGGAUACGGAAACUCACAGUUUUGCUGGUUGUCUGUGUACAGUACAACAGGAGUGUUAUGGGCAUUUGUUGCACCUGUUCUUGUGAUUAUUGUUAUAAAUGCUGUGAUAUUAUUCCUUGUGAUACGGGCUCUAUUUAACACCCACACAAUGAUGACCAAGGCCGCUCGUGAACAGGCAAAGACUGCGAUGCGGAGUCUAUGUGUCCUCUUACCUGUGAUGGGCGUGGCCUGGAUAUUUGGGGUUUUCUCUGUUAAUGAAGACAUGGUUAUAUUUCAAUACCUCUUUGCUAUAUUUAACUCAUUACAGGGAUUUUUGAUUUUCCUGUUCCAUUGCCUUAUAAAUAGACAGAUAAAGGAUGCUAUCAAUCAUACCAGAAGGCGUAAAAGAAGUAUGGCCGACAUCGGCACAAAGAGUACCUCACAAAGUGCUAAUAUCAAUCCAAAAUCUUCCCAGAAAGAUUUCUAUGAGCAGAAGCAAAAUAAUGUGGACGUAGAUAAAAAAGAAAAUCCAUUCCUGGAGGCUGAUCGUCAAGUACAACAGAUUGUUGACAAGCUCCUCUCGGUGGAUAAUUUAAAUGCUUAUGAUGGUGAGACUAAGGAGAAAAAUGCCGACAAAGAUAUCAUUGUAAGUUUAGAGGAUGUUAAAAUCACAAACGUAUUUAAAGACACUGAUACCACGUCUGGAGAACAGUCCGGGGCGAUGUCAUCAAGUGAGAAAUCGGGAGUGGCAUCAUCAUCUUCAACAUCCCAGCGUCAUGUAUCCGCCAGUAAAACUCGCAGUGAUCCUACGGGAGGAAACAGGUCCACACCUCCAACGUAUGAUCAACUGGGCCCUAAAAGAACUGAUUCUGCAUAUCACAGGUAUGAGAAAAUUGAACCAAACCGUUCUUCUGACCGUGGAUCGGAUCAAGGAUCGGAUCGUGAACGACACCGACCAGUCUCUGGUCAGAUGUCUCAGCCUUUGCAGUAUAGCCAGUAUAGUCGACUGCCAGGUGGCUCAUACUAUAACCCGCAAAUCUCUCCAGCUACAUCCUCGGCAAGAUUCUCCUCCGCUCCUACACGCUCAACCAUUGUAGAUCCAUACAGCUCUUCUGAUAUGGAGUUCCAAGAGAGUCAAUAUGUGACGAGAAUAGAUAGUAUCUAUAAGAAAGAUACUCGAGCAGACUCCAAGAAAAAGGUCCAGAAAAAGAAGAGUAAAGAUGUACAAGACGCACGUAGAAUUACCCAGGACUUGUAUGGUCUUCCUCAACCAACACAUGAGCUGUUGUGGAAACACAAGAGAGCCUUCCCUGUCCCACACUGGGGGAAAUCCAAGGCUUCCACAGACGAUCCCUAUUCUCGCCAAAGUCAAGCACAGCCGCCACUGUCCAAACAGAGUAAACGACAACGAGAUCGUGCCCAGGCAUAUGCCGUGGAUUCUUCUUACCCCUCCACCCCCACACACCAAGUCUACCGCACAUCACAAUCCCAGUAUCAACCCCACCCUCAGUCCGGGGGGUCGCGCCACCAGAGCCUCGAGAAUAUCAACAUGCAGUAUAUGGGUAUUCAACCAUUCGGAGGUAUACGUUCCUACGACAAUAUUCGACCUGCCGAGAGACACGAUUACCCUACUCCGUGGCAUGAACCAUACGCUGAUUACUGGUGAAGUGUUACCCCUAUGUCUGUGUUCAGUUUAAUACGACCUCAAAUAUGUGUAUUUGUGUGAGUAAAUGUAUUCUGUCUGUCAGUGUAUAAUUCAGAAUUUAUUAUCAUAACAUGUCAUAUGUGAAAGAGACUAUAAACCAAUUAAAUCAUUGGCAUUAAUUAAACUUAUACAAUAUAAAUACAUAUCUAUAUCAAAUUUAUCAUUCUGUCUCUGUAUUUAUUGAGAUAUUUCGACUGAUUUUGUAAUAAACGUAUAGUGCUAUGUUUAUGUAGUUAUCGAACUAUUAAAUGUAAGAUGUGAACAUUUCUUUAGUAAAUAUUGUCUGUCUCUUCCUCUACUCCCAAUAUUUAUACAUUUAGCUAAAUACUGCAUGUUUACGGAGACAGUGUUAACCUGUCUCGAAGCAAUGAAUGAAGUGUUUUUGUAUGGGUUCCAAAAAAUCCAUUUGAAAUUACUUUAUAACCUCAUUAUUAAAUUCGAGGUAUUGUAAAUUGGAUAGUUGUUUAUCAAUAAACAAUAUAUCACUGCUGAGCAUUAA